UUUAUUAUUGCUAGUUAGUAAAAUAAUUUUGUGUAACUUUUAAAGAAAAAAAAAAUGGCAAGUCAAAAAACCGAUGUUCAAAAUAUUAAACUUUUUCUUCGGAAUAAAUUUAGUGAUCCCGUUGCGAAUAUUCGCGUAAUGAAAAAUAGAAGGCAGAUGUCUAUUUAAAAAACCAUACAGUCGCGCGGUUUUUUUCGAGACUUUAAGUUUAUUUUGCGGAUAACCAAGUUCUCUUUUUGAUUUCUACCUUCUGUUUUUGGUUUAGCAAAAUUCGGCUCUUGCUUUAAUGGGUAAUGAAACUAAUAUGAGCUACUCAGUUGCUGAGAAUAAAACUUUUAACAGCUCUAGUUUUUUUUCUGAAGAGUAUUUGUCUGGAGCUAGAAGUGUACAAUUCAUCAUGUGUUGUUUAUUUGCUGGAAUAAUUAUUGACUUUGGUUCCAAGAAAUUUAACUUUCCUUAUACUGUGAGCUGUUUCAUAUUUGGAGCUUGCAUAGGACUCUUGGAUUUAUACAGCAAGUUUAUACAUAGUUUUACACUUGUGGCGAGAAUGAACCCCAGUGACAUAAUGCUUCUGUUCCUGCCAUUUCUAGUUUUUGAAUCCUCAUUUAAUAUGAAUCCACACAUGUUUAAAAAAGCUUUACCUCAAUCUUUAGUGGUUGCCAUUCCAGGAACAGUAUUCUGUUCUGUUUUGAAUGGUGUUUUUGCAAAAUAUACUCUUUCCUAUUAUAAUUGGAGUUGGCUUACUUCUUUUCUAUUUGGUUCAAUCGUGAGUGCAAGUGAUCCUGUGGCUGUUGUUGAUCUCUUGCAUGAAAUGCGAAUGCCCCAUUCAUUCAUAAUGCUAGUUGAAAGUGAGAGUUUGUUGAAUGAUGGUAUUUCAAUUUUACUUUAUGAAAAACUAUCGUACCAAAUAAUUUCUCCUGGAAAAAUGAACAUUGCAGAAAUAAUUUGGGACUUCAUCAAGACCAGUAUUGGAGCACCAUUAAUAGGUUAUUUUUUUGGUAAAAUUAGUGAUCGAAUGUUACAGUGUGUAUACAUCAGUCCUGUUUCUGAGAUGUCUAUGACUCUUAUUAUGGCAUACAUAACUUAUUUUGUUGCUGAAUAUGCUUUUGGUGUUUCUUCUGUACUGGCAGUGCUACUUUUUGGCAUGACCCUUAGUGCCAACAAGAUGUCCAUCAGUCCUGAGAGUGAAAAUUUAAUUCAAAUUUACUGGAAAAUAUUGAAUAUUUUUGCCAAUACUUUGAUUUUUGUCUUUGCUGGAGUAAUAAUUAGUGUUUAUGUAGCAGAAUAUCAUGACCUCUGGGAUACAAUAUUUAUUUUGAUUACAUAUUUUGGGAUAAACAUAAUAAGGUUUCUCAUGGUUAUUAUUUUUUAUCCAAUUUUGUAUUGGACAGGAUAUAGCUUGACAUACCAAGAAAGUAUUAUUCUUGCUUGGAGUGGACUGCGUAGUGGUUUUUGCCUAACAUUAGCUUUAUUGGUUGCUUUUGAUCCUGAAUUUCCCGAAUCUGAGAAUGCUAGCAAGGUAACAUUAAAAUCUUUGUGACCUUUUUAUUAAACA